UAAUAUCUUUAUCGAAAACACAAAAUGAUACGAAAGACCAGCAGAAUUCACAGCGAAUGCGCAGCAUCUGAAUGGAUCAAUGGGGUGCCCGUUUUAUCAUAAAAACUUGGAAGUUAUUUCAUGUGGAAAUAAUUAGAUAUUGAUCAAUCAUACAAACUGGACAUAAAGAACAUACUGAAGAUAAAUUACAAUACAGCCAAAUUUUAUAGAGCAUUUGCUCUGAAUUCCUUAUAUACUAUUAAUUAUUGCUAAUAAUUAAAAAUUUAAGGCAUAACUAAAAUAUAUUUAACUUCAUGUAACUAAAAUAAUACUAGUAAAAGAAAGCCAUGCAUCGUAGAAGUGAUAUAAACGCCUUUAAUUAAAAUUAUUAAGAGAACGUAACUUCAAAAGUAUUGUUUGAAAUCCCCUAUAUUGGUUGGGCAAUGAAUGCUGAUAUCCGUGACAAAAUACGGGGUCUUAUUGGCAAACCAAUACUCAAAGGAAUGGGAAAGCUUUCCAAAUUUCGCCAAGUAAUAGCAAAUAAACGAGGAACGUUUCUACCAGGGAAAUUACAUAUAAAAAUUGAAUGCAAAUCUUUGCAGAUUGUAACAUGCAGAUCAAAAGCAUGUCUGUAAGAUAUUUCAUUUUUCUGGCCAUAAUUAUACGGCAAUAUGCAAAAGGAAAACAUUCUCAAACGUUUAAUAAUCCUGGUUAUUUCAAGAUCGGUGGGAUGCUUUCUGAUGGAGACAGUGAAGCAUUUUUUAAUGAGACCAUUGAUAACUUAAAUUUUGCUUCUCAGUAUGUGAAUAAAGGAGUGACUUAUGGCCAUGUUGUUAUAGCGAUGGAUUCUAAUCCUAUUCGAACCGCUUUGAAUGUUUGCAAGUUUCUUAUAGCUCAAAAAGUAUAUGCAAUUAUAGUGUCACAUCCUCCUGUAGGAGAAUUAUCACCUGCAGCUGUGUCAUACACAAGUGGAUUUUAUCACAUUCCUGUAAUUGGUAUCUCAUCUAGAGAUUCUGCGUUUUCUGAUAAGAACAUUCAUGUUUCAUUUCUUCGUACGGUACCACCAUAUUCACAUCAAGCUGAUGUGUGGGUUGAACUGUUAAAGUACUUUAACUACAUGAAAGUCAUAUUCAUACAUAGUUCUGAUACUGAUGGACGUAGUUUAUUGGGCAGAUUUCAAUCCACGUCUCAAAUUCUUGAGGAUGACAUGGAAGUGAAAAUUCAGGUUGAAAAUGUCAUCGAGUUCGAACCUGGACUGAGUAAUUUUAAAAGUGAAUUACUUCUUUUAAAAAGUGCCCAAUCAAGGGUUUAUCUUAUGUAUGCAUCUGCAGAAGAUGCCGAAAUUAUUUUUAAAAAUGCUGCUGAACUCAAUAUGACAGGAGCCGGGUAUGUUUGGUUAGUUACCGAACAAGCUCUUAAUUCUAAUAAUGUUCCAGAAGGUGUAUUAGGAUUGAAACUAAUUAAUGUGACGAACGAAAAAAGUCAUAUCAAGGAUAGUUUGUACGUUCUUGUAUCAGCUUUACGUGAAAUGAAUCAGACUGAAAGUAUUACAGAGGCACCUCAAGAUUGUGACAAUUCCGGCUUGAUUUGGGAAACAGGAAAAAAACUUUUCGAAUACGUGAGACAGCAAACUCUUGAGAAUGGUGCCACUGGACGAGUGGCUUUUGAUGAUAAUGGUGAUCGCAUAUAUGCUGAGUAUGAUGUAGUGAAUUCAAGAUUGUCUAAUAAAUUCGUUUCUGUUGGUCAAUAUUACUAUUCUUCGGAAUCAAGCAAAAUGAAAUUAAUAGUGAAUGAUUCAAUCAUUAUUUGGCCGGGAAAAAUAAAAAAUAAGCCAGAAGGAUUCCUUAUACCAACACAUUUAAAAGUUUUGACUGUUGAAGAAAAACCGUUUGUUUACGUCAGAAAAGCUACAGGGAUGAAAUGUGAAGUAGAAGAAGUCCUUUGUCCAAAUUAUAAAUCUAAUAAAGGAAAAUGGAUCAAAACAAAUUAGACGUCUUGGACAUCACGGACAUGGGAGGCACCAAGGUCCACAUAAAGUUCAAAGGCAGAGAAGUUAGCGCCAUGAAAAACUUCAUGACACAU